AUGAACUUGCAUAUAUGAUUUUGUUUUGAGUUAUGCUGAUUUGAUGAAAAUCUGCAUUGCGGUGUUUCUUUGCUUUUCUUAAAUGGUUCUAGUGGGGUUGAUUUUGGUGAAUUCCGGAAGCAAAUCAAUCUUUUGUGGUGGUUCUUCACUUUUGGAUGCAGUCAUUUUCAGUUCCUAUUUUAGAAUGUGCUCGACUUCCCAAGCUCACCUCAUGUCAAUGGAAAUCUUCUAGCACUCUGUUUAAGAACUUGCUUGGUGGAAUUCGGUUCACAUACAGUUCCAUGCUACUCUGCUUUUCAUAUUUGCUUUGAGGGGUCGUCCACACAUGAUGAGAGAAGAGAAAGAAAAUCUGAUUUCGAGAACUCAGAGGAUGAGAGGAGGACAAGAAUUGGUUUGCUGAAAAAGAAAGCACUGAAUGCAUCAACAAAAUUUAAACAUUCUCUUAAGAAGAAAGGCAGAAGAAAAAGUGAUGGACGAGUGAGUUCAGUUUCAAUUGAGGAUAUUCGUGAUGCUGAGGAGCUACAAGCUGUUGACCAAUUUAGGCAAGCACUAAUUUUGGAUGAUUUGUUACCUGAGAGACAUGAUGACUACUAUAUGAUGCUAAGGUUUCUGAAAGCAAGAAAGUUUGAUAUUGAUAAAGCAAAGCAUAUGUGGGCUGAUAUGCUUCAGUGGAGGAAGGAAUUUGGUGCUGACACCAUUAUCCAUGAUUUUCAAUUCCAAGAGCAGGAUGAAGUUUCGAAAUACUAUCCCCAAGGUUACCACGGGAUUGAUAAGGAGGGAAGACCGGUAUACAUUGAAAGGCUAGGGAAAGUUGAUCCUAACAAACUUAUGCAAGUCACAACAAUGGACCGUUACAUAAGAAACCAUGUAAGAGAGUUCGAGAAAACUUUUGCAAUCAAGUUUCCAGCAUGUACAGUUGCUGCUAAAAGGCAGAUUGAUUCUAGCACCACUCUUUUGGACGUCCAGGGAGUGGGUUUGAAAAACUUUAACAAGAGUGCAAGAGAGCUCAUUGUGCGACUUCAGAAGAUUGAUGGUGAUAAUUAUCCUGAGACACUUCAUCAGAUGUUUAUCAUCAAUGCUGGACCUGGCUUUAGGCUGCUGUGGAAUACUGUUAAGAGUUUUCUGGAUCCCAAGACCACCUCCAAGAUACAUGUUCUUGGAAACAAGUACCAAAACAAGUUGCUUGAAAUAGUUGAUGCUAGUGAGUUGCCAGAGUUUCUUGGUGGAACCUGUACAUGUGCAGAUCAAGGAGGUUGCCUUCGUUCAGAUAAAGGGCCAUGGCAAAAUCCGGAGAUACUAAAGAUGAUUGGUGAAGCACGGCGUGCCAGGCAGGUCGUUAAAGUUGUAAACAGUGAAGGCAAGGUAGUUUACGCUAAACCUCGCUUCCCCACGCAGGUAAAAGGUAGUGAUACCUCCACCGCUGAAUCAGGAUCUGAAGCUGAAGAUAUUGCUUCCCCUAAAGCUGUAAGGAAUUAUUCCCAUCUUCGGCUUACUCCUGUUCGUGAAGAGGCUAAGGCUGGAACCUCAGGCUACACUACAAACUUCUCUGGAUAUGAUGAAUAUGUUCCCAUGGUUGACAAGGCAGUUGAUUCUGUGUGGAAGAAACAAACAUCCUUUCAAAGAGCUGCCAUUUCCAAAGGGAUGCUUCCACCAGCAGAUUCUCAAAAGCCCGUAGGUGGUCUUAGUACUCGGAUAUUAGGACUUCUUCUGGCCUUCUUCACGACUGUGAUGAUGUUUUUCCGUUCAGUGCUAUGCCGUGUAACCAAGAAACUUCCUGAUCCAUCAAAUGGUCAAGCCCAAGCAGUUCAAGAAUUCACCUCUGAUGCAAUCAGUAAAGAGGAGUUUCGGCCACCUUCACCAAUUCCAGCCUUUACAGAAGCGCAGCUGCUUUCUGUUGUUCUGAAGAAAUUGGGUGAACUUGAGGGCAAAGUAAAUACACUUCAAGAAAAGCCAUCUGAGAUGCCUUAUGAGAAAGAGGAAUUGCUAAAUGCUGCUGUUUGCCGUGUGGAUGCCCUAGAAGCUGAGUUAAUUGCAACCAAGAAGGCUUUGCAUGAGGCUUUGAUGAGACAAGAGGAACUUCUUGCAUACAUUGCUGGUCAAGAAGCUGCGAAAGCUGCAAAAUUUCAGAAAAAGAAGUUUUGCUUUUAAGGUCUCUCGGAAAGUGGAGCUCCGACUUUCAACAAAAGUAUCCGAAUGAGAGAUAACAUACUUGUAAUAUGUACGAGCUGGCAUGGAUCCUAGUCAUUGUGCAGUGAAUUUGAUGUAUAAUGCAACACCUUUUUUCUUCUGAAAAUAUACUCCUAAUGAUCUUACUUUGGCACUAUGAAUUCAUUAUUGUUUGUAUUGAAUUGGCUAAACCUGAGGCGUACCAACUUUUUAUCUCUGAAGUGGUGGAACAUUUACCUA